AUGCCUCAUCCUGUGCGCGCACAAAUUGCCAAAGACACCCUCGCCGCCGUCGCCGCCGGUUCUUAUACCGACACCAAUGGGACAAAACACAUCGUUCCAGAUCUAGGCGGCGUAGAAGAGGCUACGAAAUACUAUCCCCCUGAAGACGAACUGGCGUCUGCAUGGAAGUCCUCAUCUUCGAACGAGAGUGUCUCAAACGCAGACAUCUUGCUGUACCGGGGCUCGACGAUACAAGGACUCAGAUUCUGCGCGAGAGAGCCACGUGGGAAGGUCGGGGUGCUCAACUUCGCCUCAGCCACGCGUCCCGGAGGCGGAUUCCUGUCCGGGGCAAGUGCCCAAGAAGAGAGCCUCGCGCGGUCAUCAAAUCUGUACUCCUCGCUGAUGUCUCCAGCGGGACAGCGGUUCUACCACACGCAUACCCAUGUUACCAAGAGCAAGUUUUACACGCAUGCGAUGGUGUUCACACACAGCGUGACCUUUAUGAGGGACGACGAUGGGACCUGGGCGGCGCCAGCCACUGCGGACGUCCUGACAAGUUGCGCGGUCAACGCUGGUGUCGUGCGACAACGGAGUGCAAACGAGAGUGAUAUCGAGGAGGCGAUUGAGGAGGUUAUGAAGGAGCGGAUGGGGCGGCUGCUCUGCAUUUUUAAGCAGAAUGGCAUCGAGGACGUCAUCCUGGGAAGUUUCGGUACAGGCGUCUUCCGCAAUAAUGUGGCCACUGUCGCAAAGCUCUGGAUUGAGUUGCUAGAUUCGCGGUUCAGACGGUCUUUCCGCAGGGUCGUUUUCGCUAUUAUCGACGAAAAGACAUUCGCAGUGUUCAGAGAUAUUUUCUCGUCAUCGGAGAUCGACAAACAUAUCUCAAAACCUACGACCAUCACUAUCAUGGCUCAGAAAGACUACGGAUCGCCUCUCAACCGCCUGUCUUGGCUGCGCUCGUCUCCUUCAUUCCUGAACGCCGUCGCACUCUCCCCGAAAGCAAGAUGGCUCGUGUCUAAAGGACACAAUCAACUCGUCUCCGUCCCCGCAUCGGAUCCGAACGCGCGGCCCAGUAUCGCUACGCUCUCCACGAGCCAGCUCCAGCCGUUCCUCGGCCCCGCACCGUACUUCGGGCAGGGCAAAGACGAGGGCGGCCUGCUCACCGCGGAGGAGCAGAUCUCGUUCACGGAGGCGGUCCGUCAUCGUGGUGUCCGGGUGGUCUUCUUGGGUCUUCUUGACACUUUGUCCGUAGCCAAUGCGCUCCCGUCAUCCGACUUCACGGACCCCGAAAAGGCCGUGGCGAACCUCACGGGCGCACCGUACUUUGCCAUAGACGUCAGCGAGGCGGAAGAUGAUGCGGAUGCUCUGCUUAGUUUGGAGAAGGAUUCGUUAGCUCUCAGCUGGGCGGAAGCCCGGGGGGUCAUGAUGGGUCUAAAGUUGGAUCAAACGUCGCUAGACCUGUUCAACGAGGCGCGCAGUAUGGUAGAUUGGAAUCGGCGCAACAAAUUCUGUCCUGGAUGUGGCAGCCCGACGUACUCUCAAUGGGGCGGAUGGAAAAUCUCCUGCUCGACACUUCUCCCCUGGGCUGACAACACCGGCAAAAAGCCUUGCCCCACGGCUCGAGGACUGCAGAAUUUCGCUCACCCUCGCACAGAUCCGGUCGUCAUCAUGAUCGCCAUAGACGAGACUGGAGAUAAAAUCCUGCUUGGCCGAGGGAAGAAGUACCCUGGCAAAUUCUACUCUGCGUUGGCAGGUUUCAUGGAGCCAGGAGAGACGUUUGAAGAUGCAGUGGUUCGAGAGAUGUGGGAGGAAGCUGGAGUCAAGGUCACGAAUCCAGUCUAUCACUCGGCGCAGCCUUGGCCGUUUCCUGCAAACCUGAUGGUCGGGUUCUACGCCAGAGCAGACUCUUCGCAACCCAUCAGAUUAGAUUUGGAUAAUGAGCUGGUUGAUGCGCGCUGGUACACUCGCGAGGAAGUCGUGUCGAUUCUCGAACACCCCAAAGGUUCGUAUUUGAGCAACACAGACAACAAGAAAUUCCAGGACAUUGCCGAUGGGACCACCACCAAAGACAAUGAAAAGCCAUCGGUCGUGGACGAGCCGCCGUUCCGCGUUCCGCCAGUGACGGCGAUCGCAGGUGUUCUCAUCCGAGACUGGGCGUACAAGAAGAUCCACGUGGACCGUUUGGGAUUAGACAAGGGCGGUCUAUAGCGUACUUAUGUUGUAAUCAAGAGUAGAGAGUU